UUUGUAACUUGCCAUUUUCAUCAAAAACAUGGCGCUCUCGUAGCAAUAGCAUCAAGAGCGACAUCUGACACCUACCCAUCUAAACACCCUGCUAUUGAUUGUUCUAACCUGACCUCCAUGUUCCUGAUAUGACGUAUAUAAACUAUAACUUGCUAUAUUCUAUCAGUUACCCUCGAGAAUUAGACAAACUUUUUAAAUAUUUUUUAAAGUUUCGCAAUAAUUUUCAAUUCGAAAAUGUCAAUAUUAGGAGCUCGAAAAAUUAAUGUUAUGGAAAGCGAUACUAUUGCUGAAGGAUCUGUUAUUAGUUUUCAUGAUAUAAACUAUGUUGUUGAGACGAGAAAAUUUCCCUUUUCCAAGCCUACUAAAAAAGUUGUGCUAGAAAAUAUGACUGGAUGUUUCAAGCCGGGAUUGAAUGCAAUCUUAGGACCAACUGGAGGUGGAAAAUCAUCAUUAUUAGACGUUUUGGCUGGCAGAAAAGAGAAAACAGGACUAACAGGAAAUAUUUUAAUUGAUGGAUUGGAACAACCAGAUAAUUUUAAAUGCAUGUCUGGUUAUGUUGUUCAAGAUGAUAUUAUCAUGGGAACACUUACUGUUCGUGAAAACUUAAUGUUUUCUGCCAAUUUGCGCUUACCAAAAACAACUCCAGAUAAACAGAAGGCAGAACGCGUCAAUGGAGUAAUGGAAGAUUUAAACAUUACCCAUGUUGCUGACUCUAAAGUUGGAACCCAGUUCACAAGAGGUAUUUCAGGAGGAGAAAGAAAGAGAACUAAUAUUGGAAUGGAGUUGAUUGUCAAUUCAUCAAUAUUAUUCUUGGAUGAGCCAACAACUGGUCUAGAUGCUAGCACUGCUAAUACAGUUCUAGAGCUCCUUCAUAAUAUUUCUAGAAAAGGAAAAACGAUAAUCUUUUCCAUUCAUCAACCACGGUUCUCUAUUUUCAAACUAUUUGAUAGGAUGAUGCUUUUAAGCAAAGGAUUGCCAGUUUAUCAUGGACCGUCUUCAGAAGCUGCUCUAUAUUUUGCUGAUAUAGGAUAUCAAUGUGAACCAAUGAAUAAUCCCCCCGAUUUCUUUUUAGAUGUCAUAAUAGGUGAUAGUACAACGGUAUCAAGCGUAGAAAAUGGGUCAGCUGUGGCGAGUGGGACAUCGAAAGAUCCAGAGGCGGUAACGGUUGAUUAUAGGGCACGCUCAAUCAUUUUCAACAAUAAGUACCUAAAUUCUACAUGGGCUCAAAAAGUUAGAGAAGAAACUUCAGACAUAUUCACAGAAUACAAAAAGAAGAAAGAUAGCGGUCAAAAGACGAAAUUACAAAGUAUCGACUUCGCAACUGGAUUUUUAACUCAAAUUUAUUACUUAAGCCAAAGAGCAUUAAAAAAUGUUGUUAGAGACUUGGCAGCAGCUGUAAUGCAAAUGGUAGUUAUGACUAUUUUUGCCUUAUUAAUCGGAGCAAUUUUCUUCGAUCUACCUAAGGAUGAAGUUAAAGGCGUACAAAACAGAGUUGGAGCCUUCUUCUUCUUUGUCAUGACGCAAGCUUUUAUCAAUUUCUCCGCCAUUGAGAUAUUUAUUCGAGAAAGAGUAAUUUUUCAGCACGAAAAUGUUAGCGGCUUUUAUAGAACAUCAUCUUAUUUCCUUUCAAAGGUUUUCUGUGAUCUCUUGCCUUUGAGAGCCCUUCCCCUUAUUGUAUUUGCUCUAAUCGUUUAUUAUAUGCUUGGAUUGGAAGACACUGCUGGAAAAUUUUUCUUUUUUCUUCUAACUCUCUACCUUACAUCAGUUUCUUGCUGUGCCAUAUGUUUGGCAAUGAGCGCCACUUUUGAAACUCUGGCUAUUGCUAAUAUAGCAACCUCUCUGAUUUUUGUUAUUAUGACACUCUUUAGCGGUAUGUUGGCGAAUAUAGAAUCGAUUGCUGAUUGGCUAGAAUGGUUGAAAUAUUUCUCUCUAAUGAGAUUUUGUCUUCAGGGUCUAUUAAUAAAUGAGUUCGAAGGUCAAUAUUACACAAAGAAUGAAAAUGGAACUGAUGUGUUGACGAAAGCUGGAGAAUCAUACCUUAAAGAACAAGAAAUAGAUUUUGGAACAGAUUGGAAUAGAUGGGUAAACAUCGUUGCUCUUGCUUCAAUUUCUGUAGGCUAUUUUACAAUCGGAUAUAUUCAACUACGAAGAAUGAAAAAAUUAAAAUAAAUUAUUUUAUUUUUAAAUUUUGUCUUGUUUUUACUGUAUCAGAAUUCUCGUUGUUCCUAAAUACUCGUUAGGAUAUAUGUAUAAAUUUAUAUAUAUUGAGUCGGAAAGGUACUUUUACUCUGUAAAUAUUUAGAAACUGUCGAUCUUGUAAUACUUUAUGCAUCCAUGUAGAUGGCUACUUAAGUACCCUUAAGUUUUAAAAGAUGUCACCGAUGUUAAUAUAAAAUUGAUAAAAUAAAACUUUUAUUUUAAAUUACAAAUAAACUACACUGUUUAAUUACCUUGA